UCAUGAUUUAAUUUGUUGUUUUAUCUUCUUUCUCGGCAAAACCUCUAUUUUCUUACGUCUCUCUCUGUGUCUGGCGAAGAAGAAAAUGGGGAUCAGAUUCAUAUUGAUGGUAAACAAACAAGGACAAACCCGUCUUGCCCAAUACUACGAGUACCUCACUCUCGAAGAACGUCGUGCUCUCGAAGGUGAAAUCGUUCGCAAAUGCCUUGCCCGUAACGAGCAACAGUGUUCUUUUGUUGAGCAUCGGAACUACAAAAUUGUAUACAGGCGCUAUGCAUCACUGUUUUUUCUGGUUGGAGUUGACAAUGAUGAGAAUGAACUUGCAAUUUUGGAAUUCAUUCAUCUCUUGGUUGAAACCAUGGACCGUCAUUUUGGCAAUGUGUGUGAGCUAGACAUCAUGUUCCAUUUGGAGAAAGCACAUUUUAUGCUGGAGGAAAUGGUCAUGAAUGGUUGUAUCGUGGAGACAAGCAAGACUAACAUCCUGCAACCGAUACAGCUGAUGGAAAAAUCGUCAUGAAAACUCUCUGUUUUAGGCACUAUAGAAUUUCUUCAAGAUUCUUCAUGUUUUGCUUCUUACUCAUUGCUGCCUGUUGUACAAUAUGCUCAAAAUAUUUUCAAAAUGAUUAAUUUUCUUCAUCAAUGAAAAUUUUAGUGUUUGGUUGUA